UUUUAAAAUGACAAUAAUGAUUAUUAAUUCAGAAUAUGUUCCAAGGGAGAGUUCUUCCAGUUACUCUUAAAAGUUUAAGUAAAAAUUGCUACAAAUCAAAAAAGAUAACGAGUGUUUUUCCAGAUUUUGAGAAGUACUUGGGGAUCUUAAGGGAGUGUACAGGGAUGGCUAAGCAUGGGCCUUUGCAGUUGACCCUGGCUCUCUUGAAGCCAGAUGUUACAAGAGUACCUUAUGUUUUGCAGGCUAUCAGAAGCAAGAUUCUAAGUGAAGAGUUCCUGGUGGUACGUCACAAGGAGGUCCGACUCAGCAGGCAAGAGACGGAAAAAUUCUAUGGGGAACACGAGGGGAAGUUCUUCUAUAACAGACUCGUCACAUUUAUGGCAAGUGGACCAACUCAUGCCCUUGUUCUUGCCCGCGAGGAUGCCAUCAAGCACUGGAGGGCACUCAUGGGUCCCACCAAAGUGUACAAGACAAAAUACGAGGCUCCACAUACUCUGCGUGGCUUGUAUGGGCUCACGGACACAAGAAACUCCACACACGGUUCAGAUUCACCAGAAACCGCCGCAAAAGAGAUGGAUUUCUUCUUUCCUGAAUUCAACAGGGAAGAGUGGCUAGAAAGCGAAGGAGAAAAGUUUAGAAAAGGUUUAAUCACUCUUGAUGAAAAUAAUUUCAUACAUAGAGUAUCCUUAGAAAAUAGAUUAAACAAUGGAAGUGUGAAGUAGAGAUGUAUAUUUUUAGUUAUAGUUGAUUUUGUAUAUAUGCAAUAUGUAAUGCCUUUCUUUAAGCAAAUUGUAAUGAAGUCUCAGGAAAACAGGUUAUGCACAUUAA